UUAAUACAAAAGAAAUUAAUGGCCGAGGGUUCAUUUUUAAAUCUCAACAUAACUUUCUUCUUGUUUCUUCUAUUUUAAAAUGAAAAUAGAUGUCAUAGUCAUUGAACAAAGUUAUCAUAAUGUAUAAGAAAAGAAAUGAAGAAUGAGUCAUAAAAUGGAAGAGCAACCAUUCUCAAAUUUAAAGAUAUCAUCCUCUGACUUUCUGGAUACUCUGCAGGGUCGCAGUAAAUGUCCAAAAUGCAAAAGAUCACGCAAAUACUAUUGUUACACAUGCUAUGUACCCGUGGACCAACUUCAAGGAAAAAUUCCUUGUGUACAGAUACCAAUUAAAAUUGACAUAAUUAAACAUCCAAGUGAAGUUGAUGGGAAAAGUACAGCUGCCCAUGCUAAAAUAUUGGCACCAGAUGAUGUGACUGUAUACACCUAUCCUUGUAUACCAGACUACCCUAGGGAUGGAUCAGUUGUUUUGGUAUUCCCUGGUAAUGACUCACUAACGUUAGAAGAGUUAGCCAAUCAGAAGGAUAUAAAACUAAAGUCAUGCCAAUAUGAAGACAAGGGCAAUGUAUUAUGCAAAGAAUCUCACAUGGAAUCUGAAGAUCCUAACAGUGAUGAUUCUAAACCUGUGUCUCAUACUGCUCAGGUAUUUAAUAAAACGCUGGAGGAACACCAUGAUUCUGAUAACCAUUGGCAGAUAUCUGACAGUAUUUCAGGGGAAGUAACUCCAGCUUUUUCAACAGAAACACAGCCUGGAGAGUUACAAACAUCUGGAAGCUGCAUUAUAAAAAGAAAAUUUGAGAAUAAUGAAGAAGCUAUUUCAUCAGUUGACAAAGCAGUGUUUAAGAGAGCUGUGUUUAUAGAUAGUACAUGGAAUCAGACCAAUAGAAUAUCAACUGAUGAAAGACUGAAGGGACUUCCAUAUAUAAUGCUUAAAGACAGAGAAUCAAAAUUUUGGAGACAUCAAAGAGAAAAUCCUCCAUCUUAUUUAUCCACAAUUGAAGCCAUUUAUUAUUUAUUGUGUGACUAUCAUGAUUUUUUUAUAUCAGUCAAUUACAAUGGGGAUUAUGACAAUUUGAUGUUUUUCUUUUCAUUUAUGUACAAUAAAAUUCAUGGCUUAUAUAUAGGAAGAACCUUGAGAGCAGACUCUCAGAGAAAGAAAGUCAAGAAAUAAAAUUAUGUUGUAAUGUGUCGGAAA